CUUGUACUUUAUGAUGACUUGAGAAAUAGAAGGGAACUAUAUGAAUAUUGUGUUGAUUAUUCUUCAAUUUAUAAAUUACUUCCAUAUUAUCCACAAAAAUGCGAAGAAUUCUAUAAAUAUGUAGAAAGCAAAAAACGUCUAUACAAAUAUUUUAAGCAACUUUGUUAUUCUAGUGAUGAAAAUAAAUGCCCAAAUUUUUACUCUCAAUGUGAACAAUACGAUCCAGAAAUAGUACUACGUACUCUUCCUUGUCACCGUGAUAAAAUAAAUGAAGAAGUUGCUCAUGUUUCUAGUGAUCUACAAAGAGAAAAAUUACUUUCAGAUAGAGAAACCGUAUCAAGACAAGCAUCAGUUGGAAUGGGGCCUGUCGGUACUAUUUUUAAUGGAAAAUUUCACACUGUAACAAAGGUUGGUAAUAUCCUUCUUGGAGUAGUUGCAACUUCUAUGACUUCAGGCGCUUUAUAUAGAGUAAAUAUAAAUUCAUUGAUACAAAUAUACUGCAUACGUUUGUUAAUAUCUAUCAUUACAUCUCCAUAA